GGAGACCUGUGCUGAUGCCCAAGACGGGGAGCUGGACGGGCUGUGGACGACCAUCUCCAUCUUCAUCACCCUCUUCCUGCUCAGCGUGUGCUACAGCGCCACCGUGACGCUCUUCAAGGUGAAGUGGAUCUUCUCGUCGGUGGUGGAGCUGAAGCAGACGAUUGUCCCCGACUACAGGAACAUGGUCGGACAGGGUGCCUAGCGCUUGCUACGGGCUGCGUCCUGGGCUGCCCCUGACCUAUAGGACCACGUCUAUCCCCCUGUGCCGCUCAGCCUGCGCCAGGCCUCUCCUCCGCCCGCUGACCUCGCCAGCCUCUGAGCUCACGAGCACCCUCACCUGCACCCCCGGCCUCUGGCCUCGUGGCCACCACAACCUGCCCCCCACCCCACUCACAGACCCGAGGGGACCGCAGGUGAUGCCCAACCUGAGCUGAUGUCCCCGCAGGACACCUCCGGGACCCCAGGGACCACCGGGAACACCCGGGUCGGCGUGGGGGUCCCCCUCGAGCAGGAGGAGGAGGCCGGCAUCUGGGCCUGGCCCCUGCAUCUUGUCCCGGCCGAGCUCCAGUCGCAGGGUCCCCGGGAGGAGGGCCUGUGCCAGAUGCUGGAGGGGGGCCGCCCGCCUCUCCCAGCAGGAGAGCUUCUGCAGGUGCCGCUAACGGUCCCUCAGGUCACCUCCACCGAGGACGCUGCUCAGAGCAAGGCCCGGGCCCGAGGCCGCUGCAGGAGCCCCAGCGCGGGAGGCGGUGAGGUCCAGCCAGACCGGCCUCCCGGGGAGCACGCUGUUGACCUGGUGCCCCGCGGGCUGAGCUGGAGGGGCUCCCGGAAAAGAGGGCAGAAGGCGCGGCCAGCCCAUCCUGCAGCCAAAGGCCUGAGGCACGUACAGCAGGAGCUCCGCCUGCACCGGGGUGGGGGUGAGAGACGCGACCCGCGUAGGGCCAGCCUCGGACCCCGGGCCCCCGCCUCAGGGCCCGGUACCAGCUCUCCGGUCUCUGCGGAAAAGCGCAGUCAGCAUGCGCGUGUGGUGGAGCUGCUCCCAGACUGGAGAGAAGGGCCCCGUGAUCGCAGCUCGGGAGGCCUUUCUCCUUCUGAACGUGGGGCCCGUCGAUGCUCUUCGCUGUGUCUUCAUUUUGUUACGACAAUAAAGCGUUCUUUACAGUCGCCUAGCUCGCUGAGAAGUCUCCCUAGGUUGACACGCCGCCUACCCUCGGGAAAUCCACAGCCAGUCUCCCCCAUGCCACCACCCAAGCCUGGGGUUCCCACCUGGCCUGUGGGUGCAGGGGCGAGCCAGGGGCCUGGGGGAGCCAUGGGGAAGCCGCACGUGUUGGGUGUGUCUGCACAGGCGGCUGUAACAGACACCACAGGGGGCCUUUGA